AUGCUAAAACGUCUACCAUCAAACCAAAACACAAGCGAGCAGAUCACUUCCGCUACUUCUGGAGGUUUCGGAUUACCUUCUUUCAAACCUUUCCGUCCUCCUUCCGCCCUCGUCUCAAAGAGAAUCUCUGCUAUCCCAUCUAGAAAACGAAAAAACGUAUCGUACAAAGGUCAAGAUGGAGCUAGUGACGGAGAGAGUGAUACAGAGGGUAAAGAGAAUAAGAAGAGUAAAUAUGCCAUGGGGAAUAAAGAGUAUGGUGAGGAUGGAGUGUUGGGAGGUAUGGGAAAAUUGUGUAAUCGAAAAUUCCCAGUGUUCAAGACCAAGGAGAAGACAACUGUCUUCUCAAGGACCUUCUCCAUACCCAUCAUGACAAACCCUAAAACCUCUCAAGCAAUAGUUCAUCCCUUAUCCAACGCCGCUUUGGGAGCUCGGUUACAACCUAUCAUGCCUCCUAAACCACUACACGACCCAAUGGCAGACCACGCUAUCGUCUUAUACGACCCCACGAUUGACGAUCGACCGGGUCCAUCGGAGAUCGGAGCUUUGAAAAGUGAUGAGGAGAAAGCGAGGUUACAAGCUCAGGCUAGUGGACCACAUAAGAGUUUGAGAGUCAUUUUGGGAAUACAAGAUCCUAAGAAAAAGUCAGAAGUCAAAGUUCCAGUGGUGAUAGAUCCUGCAUUAUCAAAGAUUUUAAGACCACAUCAGAUCGAAGGUGUUAAAUUUCUCUACAGAUGUACAACUGGUCUUAUGGCUGAAGGUGCUUGGGGAUGUAUCAUGGCCGAUGAAAUGGGUCUAGGAAAGACAUUACAAUGUAUAGCACUCAUGUGGACUUUAUUGAAACAAUCCCCAACAUCAGGUAAGGGAACAUGCGAAAAGACCAUUGUGGUUUGUCCUACUUCCUUAGUUGGUAAUUGGGCGAAUGAACUCAUCAAAUGGUUAGGACCAGGAGCGAUCAACCCGUUGGUUUUGGACGGUAAAGGUGGGAAACCUGAAAUGAUACCCGCUGUUCGGAGAUGGAUUCAGGCGACAGGUAGGGGUGUCACUCAACCGGUCUUGAUUGCUUCGUAUGAGAACUUGAGGACCUUGCAAGAGGAAUUCGGUAAUGCUCCGAUUGGGUUGUUAUUAGCGGACGAGGGGCAUAGAUUGAAAAAUGCCGACACUCUCACUUUCCAAGCCCUCACUCAACUAAACGUCCAACGUCGAGUCAUCUUGACAGGUACACCUAUCCAAAACGACCUCUCUGAAUAUUUCGCCUUACUCAACUUUGCGAAUCCUGAAUAUCUCGGUUCCCGGCUUGAUUUCAAGAAAAACUUCGAAGCUAAGAUCUUGCGCGGGAGAGAUGCGGAUGCGUCAGAGAAAGAGAGGGAAGAAUGUGAUGCAAAAUUGAAAGAGUUAGGAGGGUUGGUAAGUAAGUUUAUCAUAAGAAGGACGAAUGAUUUAUUGUCAAAAUAUUUACCUGUAAAAUACGAGCACGUAGUUUUCUGUCGACCUUCCAAACUACAAGUCGAUCUCUACAACCUUUUCGUAACUUCCAAAGAUGUCCAACGAUUACUCAGGGGAAAAGAUUCUCAACCACUCAAAGCCAUUGGAUUAUUGAGGAAAUUGGUCAAUCAUCCUGAUCUCUUACGACUUCCAGAGGAUUUACCAGGUAGUGAGAAAUUCCUUCCAGAAGGUUAUGGGAAAGUUGGGAGGGAAAGAGGUGUAAAUUGUGAAUUAUCGGGAAAGUUUGUGGUUCUUGAGAGGAUGUUACAUCAUAUUCACACUCAAACAAAUGAUAAGAUCGUCUUGAUUAGUAAUACCACCCAGACUCUUGAUUUAAUGGAAAGAUUAUGUCGUUUGAAAAAAUACGGUUGCGUCCGUCUUGACGGAAGUAUGAGUGUACCUAAACGUAAUAAAACCGUCGAACGAUUCAAUAAUCCUGAGAAUAAAGAAUUCGUUUUUCUUCUCAGUUCAAAAGCUGGUGGAUGUGGGAUAAAUUUGAUCGGUGCGAAUCGAUUGAUAUUGUUUGAUCCGGAUUGGAAUCCAGCUAGUGAUCAACAAGCUUUAGCUAGAGUUUGGCGUGAUGGUCAGAAGAAAGAAUGUUUCGUAUAUCGAUUCCAAACAACAGGUACGAUAGAAGAGAAAAUCUUUCAACGUCAAUGUCAAAAACAAAACUUAUCAGCUUGCGUAGUAGAUGAAGCAGAAGAUACGGCAAGACAUUUCACAGCAGAUGAUUUAAGACAAUUAUUCAAAUUUCAUCCUGAAACAUUGAGCGAUACGCAUGAUACUUAUAAAUGUAAACGAUGUCAAGGUUCGAAACAAAAUGUUAAAAGUAAAGUUUUGUUAUAUGGUGAUUCUAGUACUUGGAAUCAUUUAAGGAAUGAAGAUUUAGAUAAUGUACAUGAUGAUUUGUUGAGAAGUGAGAAAGGUAAGAACGAAGUUAGUUAUGUUUUUCAAUAUAUUUCUCAUUGA